UACUCUUGCUCGUUUAUUUUGCUGUUUGUAAACGCUAUUGCGCUUCUGGAGAAAAUGUCCAGCCUGCCUUCCGUCAGACCCGAGAAGGGCCGAGUGGAAGUGGCGUUACCUGGGCAACAGGCGCAGCACGAGCGUCCUCAGACCGUCUACGUCAUUCUGGACUCCUCAGCCGAAUCUGUCAAUCUCAUCAGUGUCGAACCCCUUCUGCCUGAGUCUGGGAUCGUGGCAGAUAUUGAGGUGGAAGGCAUUUUUUCCACCGAUUCGGACACCUUCUACGAGCUCAAGAGUCAGCCCAUCACCCCAAGUGGCUCUCUGCCCUCUGCUGACCCAGUGACCCCAGCCGGCUCAGUGAUGACGUCACGCGUGUUGAUGAGGCAGGAGCUGAUGCGACAGCAGGCUCAGGACCAGGAGAGACGAGAGGCCCAGAAACAGGCGUCCAGCGCUUUACAGCGCCUUAAUGACGCCACCCCUGCCAUCUCCGUCGCCUCCACCCUGCCUGCCACCCCGGCCCAGGUGCCCGUGGAAGUGCUGAAGGUUCAAACUCACUUGGAAAACCCGACAAAGUACCACAUCCAACAAGCUCAGAGGCAGCAAGUGAAGCAAUACCUCUCUCACACCCUUGGCAAUAAAAUAGCCAUUCAGACACUGGCAACAUCUCCUUCGCCCCAGCCUGCCUCUGCCCCUGAGUUGGCCCCUGCUGCCAGUAGCACUCCCAGCAGCCCGCUGGCUGUGCUCAGCCUUGGAUCGAACAAAGAAGAGAUAGAAGACGUCAUUGAUGACAUCAUCAGCCUGGAAUCGAGUUUAAACGAUGAAUUUAUGACUCUGAUCGAAUCGGGUUUGCAGCUUCCCAACACGCUGCCAAUCUCAGGAAAUCUCCUGGAUGUGUACAGCAGUCAGGGCAUGGCGGCGCCCACCAUCACCGUCAGCAACUCCUGCCCUGCAGACCUGCACAACGUCAAGAGAGAGUUUACCGAUGCAGAGGUAAAAGCUGUUAUGAAGGAGAGGCAGAAAAAAGACAACCAUAACCAGAUUGAGAGAAGAAGAAGAUUCAACAUUAAUGACCGCAUUAAGGAACUUGGAGGUCUCAUUCCGAAGUCCUCUGACCCGGAGAUGCGCUGGAACAAGGGCACUAUCCUAAAGGCGUCGGUCGACUACAUCCGCAAGCUACAGAAGGAGCAGCAGAGAGCCAAAGAGAUGGAGAUGAGACAGAAGAAACUUGAACACGCUAACCGCAGUCUGCUGCUGCGCAUUCAGGAGCUGGAAAUGCAGGCUCGUCUCCAUGGCAUGUCUUCAUCUCAGAUCUCUGACUCCAUGCUCCAGCCGCAGACUUUAACCCUGAAUCACAUCCCCAGCCAUGACCUCUCCAAGACCCUUCUGUCCCUCAACCAGGCCACGCCCUCUUCUUUCUUGUCUCCGCCUUCUUCUACCUCCUCAGUGGGAGGGGUGGUCACCAGCCCUCUGGACCUCGGGACACUCAGCUUCGGCGAGUUAGAUGACCCCUCUGCCUCCGUGUUUAGUCCAUCCCUGAUGGCGGAUAUGGGGUUAGGGGAUAUUUUGAUGGAUGACAGCAGCGCUCUGUCGCCUGUAGGGGGCGCCGAUCCCCUGCUUUCCUCAGUCUCCCCGGGGGCGUCCAAAACCAGCAGUCGUAGAAGUAGCUUCAGCAUGGAAGAAGACUUGUGAUUGCUUCAAUUGGGACGAUAGUUUUGCUUUAAGUUGCAAAUCCUGCUUGCACGCUCCAUUGUCGGCCAGUAGAGGGCAGUGUAAUCCCAAAGUCUUCAUUAAUCGCUGUACUGUAGAAGUCUCGUAAACAGAGUUUGAGAUUCUCAAGACUUUUUUCUAGAGGUGACACAAAUAUGGAAAGACUUCGGGAGCA